CAUGAGCCCACCUCUUCGCGCUCUCGGCUACGCGCGGCAACGUGCUGCAGAGGGGCGACGGACCUCCACCUUCGCUGAAGAGCAUCUUGCUAGCGGGGGCGCCUCUGUCGGCGGCCGUCGCUCAAGAAGUCGUGGCCGCGUUACAACCCGACGAGAUGCGUAACGCGUACGGCACUACGGAGACCUGCGGCCUUCUGACUCUGCCACCACGCGGAGAGCGCUGCUACGACAACGUCGGCUUUCCGUUUCCCGGAACCAGGGUCAAGGUCGUUGACGCUGGAUCCGGCGCAGUGUUAGGGCCUAUGGAAGAAGGCGAAGUUCUAGUGCAUUCUCCUUCCGUUAUGAAAGGGUACUACAAUGUGGCUGCCGAAACGGACGCUGUUAUCGAUGCGCAAGGAUGGCUCCAUACAGGUGACCUCGGUUUCUACGACGAGGACGGGCGCCUGUACCUAGUUGACCGGGUCAAGUUCACGCUGGACUGCUUCGGCAGGAAAGCGUGUCCCUGCGAAAUCGAGAACUGUCUCAUGGAACACCCAGACGUGGCCGAAGCCGCCGUGCUGGGCGUGCCUAGUGAAGUCGCCGGCGUGGUGCCUGCCGCCAUCGUGGUGCUCCGGUCCCGUUGCGAGAACAGGGGCCAAGAGCUGGCCGAAGAACUCAAGGCCCACGUCGCGGCUCGUCUGUCCCCGUGGAAGCACCUUUACGGUGGAGUCUACUUCACUGACGUCAUCCCAAGAACCGAGACGGGAAAGAUGCAACGGCGCGACUUGCCCACACUCAUUCUUUCACUGCAAAGAAUCGACCGUGAGACAGUAUUUUCAACCAUGGAGUAAUUGCCGUACAUUAAAGGGUGUUUUUUUUUUUUUGUCACUUUCAGUGCCCCGUAGCCUAAUAAAGCCGUCAGGCUAUCUUUCGUCCAGAUGUAAGGUUUUUCCGAAGUUUCACAUUUGUACAGCGUAAAUUCAAUUAUUGUCUCUAAUAACGCCCUCCAAUGUACGCACUCUGCACGAAUUGUUGACAUUAAAACUGCA